GACGUCGACGGGAUCCCGGCCCUCCUCGACGACAUCUUGAAAACGGAAUUGCUGAAGCAGCAGCUCAAAGAACUGAGUGUAAAACAUGAUGAGCUCGCCGACAUAAAGUCUGCCUAUGACAGCGAGGAGGAGAUUGAUGCCCGGAAGCUGACUUUGCUGAUGGGCCAGAUCAACAAGCUGGCGAGUCGUAUGACUAUGGAGGAGAACAAGAUCAAGAAGACUGUGCUUAGCAAUGCGAAGACGGAGAAGUCGAAGGCCGUGGAGCCUUCUGAGGUAUCGCAUGAAACGGUUGCCGGGCUGGCACGUGCCGUGGAGACAGAGAUCAACGAAUCUUUUGGGGAGGAGGCUGCUGCAAAGCUUCAGUCUUAUAAGCUUCUCUGCAAGAUGAGUCGUGGGCACAGCACCGGCCAUGCAGCAGAGAAGACCCGACAGGCUUUAGAUACAUUGCCGGAAAGCCAAGCACCAAUACAAGUUACUGGAGUUGACAUUGGCUUGGACAAUCUUUUUCCGUGUAUUCUGUUUUCUGAUUAUCUUCGGGUGCUAGCUGAUCAGAACAAACUGAAUGUGCUUACACGAGGUGUUGACCUUGAAGCUUUCUGGGACAAGAUGCAACCGCUGAAACCACGGCAUCCCAUCUUCGCUUUGCCUGCAAGUGCAAGGGCUUCUACUGUACCCCUAUACCUCAUAGGGGAUGAAGGCCGGGGCUACAAGAAGUCAGCUGUCUUCGUGUUGGGAUCAGAAUCAAUGCUUGGAGAAGGCUGUGAUGCAGAAGAUUCCCAAACUGCAGAGGACAAGAUGAAAAUGAACUUUGUCGGAAACACCCUGCUUACCAGGCAGCUGUUCGCAUGCAUCCCAAAGUACUUGUAUGCCAAGAAUGACAAGCCCCUUCACAACCUUAUCAAUAUCUGGGCAGAAGAUUUUGGGAAACUCUUCCAGGAUGGCCUGGAAAUCCGCAUCGGCGGCUCCACGCAGACAUGGCGAGUCGCCGUUAUGGGUUUGAAAGGUGACUGGCCAGCCCUGGAUAAAUUAGGUCUGGACAAGAGCCUGGAACAUUUGUUUCAGGAGAUGAAAGCAUUUUCUUCUGAUCGAAAGCUUUAUCUGCACAUGAAUGGAUUGACUGCAAAGGGGAUUUUGGGGGUCAACUCAUCAGCAGACUUCCCUGUUGGGCAGUGGUUUAAGGGGGCCGACACAACAUUCGUCCUCAAGUUUCUCAUCUUCAAGUUCGAGAAUGAAUUGGCUCCCGGUCACAAUGAUAUUGAAUAUCUCCGAACAAUUCUGGAGUGCUUGAAAGCUUCCGAUGGGUUCUUGAGCUGUUUGUACAAGGCCGGCUUGUUUCUGAGCAGACGACGACUUAUAAAGGUUGUGCGACUGGGGAUGGCGAUGCUUACUUUGUACACUCGCAUCGCAGCAAUGGCACACUCAAGAUCCUUGCCUCGUUUCAAGCUCACACCCAAAUACCAUAUGCUUAUGCAUGUGGUUUACCAGUUGAUGCUGGACAGGGAUGCCAACAGAUCACCCAUGAACCCUCUGGCAUACUCAUGCCAGAUGCCAGAGGACUUUAUUAAUCGUGUUGCCACUCUGGCAAGGGCUGUGAACCCAAGGUUUGUGCCCGAGAGGACUUUGUACUUGUACAAGGUCGCACUCGCAAAGGUGUUGGAGUGA